GUAAUGGCAACGUCUGUGAAGCUCAAUACCGGGGCAGAGAUGCCCGUCGUCGGUCUGGGCACAUGGAAGUCUGCUCCGGGUAAAGUGACCGAGGCUGUCAAAGCAGCCAUUGCUGCAGGGUACAGACACAUUGAUGGGGCGUUUGUGUACCAGAAUGAAACAGAGGUUGGGGAGGGAAUUCAGGCCAUGAUUAAAGAUGGUGUGGUAAAGAGAGAGAAGCUGUUUGUGGUCAGCAAGCUCUGGUGCACCUUUCAUGACAAGUCCUUAGUGAAGGGUGCUUGUCAGAAGACUUUAAGUGACCUUAAGUUGGAUUACCUGGAUCUUUACCUGGUUCACUGGCCAAUGGGCUUUAAGGCUGGGUCAGAGUUGUUCCCAUUGGACAGCGAAGGGUUAACCAUCAGUGAUGACACCAAUUUCUUGGACACCUGGGAGGCAAUGGAGGAGUUGGUAGAUGCUGGGUUGGUCAAGGCCAUUGGUGUCUCCAACUUCAACAGAGAACAAAUUGAAGCAAUCCUGAAUAAACCAGGACUCAAGUACAAACCGGCUAACAAUCAAAUUGAAUGCCAUCCCUACCUGAAUCAGGAGAAGCUGAUUCGCUACUGCCAAUCCAAAGGCAUUACAGUUACUGCAUACAGUCCCCUGGGUUCUCCAGACAGACCAUGGGCUAAACCAGAAGAUCCCUCACUGCUUGAUGACCCAAAUAUCAAAGCUAUAGCAGAGAAACACAAAAAGACCACCGCCCAGGUCCUCAUCUGCUUCCAGAUUCAGAGAAAUGUGAUCGUCAUCCCAAAGUCUGUUACACCUCAACGUAUUCAAGAGAACUUUCAAGUGUUUGAUUUUGAACUGAGCGAUGAGGACAUGAAGACCAUUUUGGGUUUCAACCGGAACUUCAGGGUUUGUCCAAUGCAUUGGGGUGUAAAGCACAGAGACUACCCAUUUAAUGCUGAGUAUUAAAAGACGACAUCUCAAAACAUGCUGUCUGGUGGAAAUGAAUUCCUCUGUUCCUGGAAUUGUUGUCUUUGCAGAUGAUUAAUGUACUUGCAAAACAGUUUUUCACUGUCACUGAGAAAAUGUUAAAGUUUGCAGUUCAUCCUUAUAUGCUUUGUUAUUGCUAUAAUUUAGCCAAAUUCUCCACUGACCACAGAUAUGUCUCACUUGUUAAUAUUAAUGUAAAUUGAUGGCUCUAACAGUUACACAAUUUGGUGUACACAGUCUUUGCACCUGACAAACAAAAAACAAUUCCUCUUUAAGAAAUUAGAUGAAAUUACAAAUAUGCACUUGUAACUAGAAGUUUUAUUUAAAAGAUAUUACAGAUUUUGCCCAGCUGGUAAAAUACAAUUAUAACAUGCAUGCUUUAACAAGUUAUGAAUUGGUUCAGAUAAUACAAUUAUGUAAAUGUUGACAAUCUUUAUUUUUUAUAAUUUGAUAUAAAAACCCUUCCAGUUUAUUUGCAAGAUCAGCUAAUACUUUGUGUAUUGUCUGAUGCAUUGAAAAUCAACAUAAACUCCUCUGCCUCAAACAGCUGUU